AUGCCCGUGGCGGCCCCGCGUUCUCGCGGACAACAACCCGCAGCCUUACGCCCAAGUGACCGUUUCUCCUCCGCUGCUAUCCUAGCUUCAGCAUUCAAUUUCAUCCGGGGUUCAAUUCUGUACUUGCUGCUAAAAUCUCUGCCGCACCACGCGGUAUGCCUAGUUUUUGAAACAGCACCAGCCAAACGUCCAGGGAAUUACUCUGCGUACCAAACUUUUCCUGGGUACUGUAGCUUGUCUUCGAUUCGACCCUCUUCUCUUUACUUGCUCAAACGUUUCAUCGUUGCUUCCAAACGUCGUUCCAUUAUGUGGUUUGUUGCCUGACUUGAUGUAUACUAAAGUACAUCUGCAGCACGACGUGUCGGACAUCGACAUCCCUGGCACCAUACUUGCCGAUAGUAUACUUACAUGCAGCUUCCUGGUAAAAAUCCGAUAUGAUCCACACUUGGUGGAGAUACUAUACACUUGCCCGGAUCUUCUGUGUCCGCGAGAAAGCCGAUGGAGGGAACGAAUGCCGUCCACACUAUGAGAUUGAUUCACC